GCAGAUCCAGCAUCCAUCCUCCUGCACACUGCAGCCCAAUGGUGACAGGCACACAAAGGAGCUGGGCUCAUGUCCACUGGCAUCAGGGUGAAGCUACCUGCUGCUGCCUCUGCCCUGUUACCAGGGCUGAGUGAUUAUGUAUGAAGGAUGCUUCUAGAGCUGCUCUGGGUUGUAGCUGCUGUGAUCUGUGCCAUGUCAGAGCUGGGGUUUCCCCUACAAAAUUCGACAUCACCUACUGAUACUGGUCUUUCUGAAUCUCUUACCCAAUGGCACCGGACCCUGGAACUGCCCCAGAUCACGCACCCCACUCGGUUAAUCGGGCAGACAUCAGGAGCAGAAACCCGCAGAUACCAACUGGACACCCGGGUCAGAAAUGAAAGCAACCCUAAUCUACCGGCUCAUCUUGCCAGUGUCAGUUUCCUGGUGCCAGCAUUCAAGGAAGAAUUUAUUCUGGACCUGGAGCUCAACCAUAACCUCUUGUCAUCUGGAUAUGUAGAAAUCCACUACAGUGAUAACAACAAUUCCCGUGUGCUGACUCCUGCUGAAGCUGGAGAUCACUGUUACUACAAGGGCCAUGUGCGCGGGCACACAGACUCGUGGGUGGCGGUCUCCACUUGUCAUGGACUCAGUGGAGCAUUUUCUGAUGGAAAAUUUACUUAUACAAUAUACCCUCAAGUGCAGAAAAACAAGAAAUCUCUUCCAUGGCCACAUGUGAUCGAGCGGGCAAAGAAGUGCAAAGAACCAGGCUGUAUGAAUCUUCAAGAAAUUCCCAGAAGCUCCAAAAUAAGGAGGAAAAGACAGGUUCGCCCAGCUGCACACUCUGCUUUGUCUGAAACCAAAUACAUUGAGCUUAUGGUGGUCAAUGACUGGCGUCUGUUUCAGGUCCGGCAGUCUGUGGGUCUUACAAGUAGUUAUGCCAAAUCAGUGGUGAAUCUAGCCGAUUCUAUUUUCAGGGAACAGCUAAACACCAGUAUUGUCCUGGUGGCAAUGGAAACCUGGACAUCAGGAGAUAAGGUUGCGGUUAGUGAAUACCCUCUUCAGACACUGGCUGAUUUCAUGAAGUAUCGGAGCACGGAGAUACCAGAGCAUAGUGAUGCCACUCACCUCUUCUCAGGACGCACUUUUAAGAGUAGCCGCAGUGGGGCAGCUUAUUUCGGUGGGAUAUGCUCUCCAGCCAAAGGUGGUGGUGUAAUUGAGUUUGGAAGCAUUGCUGCCAUGGCGGUGACUUUAGCACAGAGUCUGGGGCAGAAUCUUGGUAUGAUGUACAACAGACCCCGCAUGGCUGCAGGUGACUGCCGUUGUCCUGACCUGUGGCUUGGUUGCAUUAUGGAAGAUACAGGGUAUUACCUUCCCCAAAAAUUUUCCCGCUGCAGUACUGACGAAUACAGACAGUUCUUACAGAAUGGAGGAGGGAAGUGCUUGUUUAACAAACCCACCAAGCUAUUGGAUGCUCCUUCCUGUGGAAACGGAUUUGUGGAAGUGGGAGAGGAAUGUGACUGUGGUUCUCCUACUGAAUGUAAAAAGAACGGGGCCCUGAACUGCUGUAAGAAGUGCACACUUAGCCACGACGCAAUGUGCAGUGAUGGGCUGUGCUGUCGGAGAUGUAAGUAUGAACCAAGGGGGACAGUUUGUCGGGAGCCUGUUAAUGAAUGUGAUGUGCCAGAGAUGUGUCCUGGAGAUGCCAGUGUGUGCCCGGCAAAUCUACACAAGCAGGACGGAUACUUCUGUGACAAUGAGCAGGGUCGAUGUUAUGGAGGCCGAUGUAAGACCAGAGAUCGUCAAUGCAAUGUAUUAUGGGGACGUAAUUCAUCAGACAGAUUUUGCUAUGAAAAACUAAAUAUUGAGGGGACAGAGAAGGGCAACUGUGGGAGAGAUGGAGAAAACUGGAUUCAGUGCGGCAAACCAGACGUGCUCUGCGGCUACCUCCUAUGUUCCAAUAUCUCUGGAUUACCUAGAAUCGGAGAACUGAAUGGUGACAUCACGACUAUGUCUUUCUACCACCAGAACAGAUAUAUUGAUUGCAGAGGUGGACAGGUGAUCCUACCAGAUACCUCGGGGUUGGGAUAUGUGGAGGAUGGGACACCGUGUGGACCUAACAUGAUGUGUCUAGAUCGGAAGUGUCUACCUGCAACUGCCUUCAACUUCAGUACCUGCCCCGGCAGUGGACAAGGAAUGGUGUGCUCAGACCAUGGGGUUUGCAGCAAUGAAGGGAAAUGUAUUUGUCAUUCAGACUGGACAGGAAAAGACUGCAGUGUAUACGAUCCACUUCCUGUCCCUAAAUCCACUGGAGCUGUGGAGCGAACAAAAGGUCCUAGUGGCACAAAUAUUAUCAUUGGAUCAAUUGCAGGGGCUGUGCUUAUUGCUGCCAUUGUAUUAGGGGGGACUGGAUGGGGUUUCAAGAAUAUUCGAAGAGGAAGGUCUGGAGGUGGAUAGCUGGUCACACAUAUCUCUCUCACCAUUUGUCAAUAUUCGCUAUCAUUCUCAUGACACAUCUAGGCCUUGCGGAGAAAAGUAAAGCUGAUAAUAAUACACUGGAGUGAGCAGAGAAUGACAGGAACACUACAAUGAAAAUUUAUGGGAACCUUCUCCCUGUCUUCCAGAACUGGAACGGAGCUGUCUCUUUCCCUGGGACAGUAAUAGACUGCUACUUAAUAGGUUUCUCGUGGCAGAAGCCGUAUUGAACUUGUCAGUCAGUCCUGAUGACUGCUGUAAUUUAUAACACAAGGAGGACUGAUCCUUUAUGUCACUGCCGAUUGGACAAUCUGUUAUGGGGAAGGACCUGCCGUUAAAACAAGUUGAUUAACGUUACAUUUCAUUUUUAAAGAUCGGACACCUUGUACAUUGGUUGGAUAUUGGUUCAACCACUAAAAAAUUAGUACCUGUUAAGUGUCUGUUUGUGAUCCACAGCUUGUGACUCUUCGGCUGUUGCAAAACUACAACACUCUGACAGUCUGUGGCUGUCAGGACAUGAUGGUAGUUGUAGUUCAACAGCUGAAAAG